CUCUUGAGGUGGGCACAGACGAUGGAAGUACGAGCGAUACACCCAAGAGGCUGACAUUUGUUCAUGCAUUGAUCUUUUGAUUCAUGAUUAGACUUUUUUCUGCUCUGUAUGUCUUCUUUUGCUUUCAGUUUUGAUUUUGAUUUUUUCUCAAAUUUUGUAAUUGUCGGGCUCGACUUCCUUUCAGCUGAUGGACUCGGCUGACUUUGUUGCUGAGCUGCAUAUCUCACAUGAGUCCAGGUCAACAUGCCGACCGAGUGCGAGUCGCACAAUGCACAGACUCUGCAUGUACGGUUGGUCUAGGUUAUGGCGGCGCGCACUGGUGCAGAAUCUGCGAGCUUUCUGGUGCGCAUCCCUAGAGAUGGAAGAUGCAGUGUCUGUACCCGGCUUGCUUGCGUUGUGCGAUGCGGAUGCGAGUCGACACGAUGCUCUGCGCCGUGCGAAGCGCACCUGUCCUAUGCCGCAGCUGUUCUCCGGCGACCCCUACUCGGUACCCCUAUGGACACACUUGCCGUUCCCGUUCACGUUCCUGGUCCAGUCCGCCUUCGGUCUUACCAAAGAACGAUAGACGGAUGGGCUGGCCGAGAUGAGAUCGGAGGGCAUCAAGCCCGGCCUCGCUGGAAACGGCUGCAUUACGCUGGGCCACUCAUAGCCGGUAUCAUGAAUGUGAAAGUUGACGGAAGCAACAGUCAUGCCAGUAAUACAUCCAUCGUCCGCCCAUUCAUCGUCCCGGGAGGCCCGUCUUGCCUGUGUUCAGCUGGCCGGGAUGGGUAAGGUAGUCAGUGGAAUGCGACCGGCUGGGGGCGGACCGGCGAUCAUGCCGGGUGUGGUGGAAGAGGUGGCAACGAUGAGGUGCUCCAUUCGUGAGGUAU